UGUAGGCUUAGCACGGUCCAAUAGUCAAAUUGGGUGGCCCCCGAGCCAAGCCCUUAAUUUAAAACUCUCCAAUUCCAUUAGUCUAGGGCUUUGAAUACUCCAAUUCACCAUCAUCCCGCUUUAAACGCUUUAGAACUCGCCCUGAAGUACGCCUCUGAGUGUCAGUUUCAUCUUGCAGAUUUGAAUUAUCAGGGAGCGGGAUUUCAUCCUCAAGGUCCUCUCCAUCCUCGUCCCUGAGUUCAAUCAGAGGUGCAUCCCUGAUAUCUCUGAGAGGUCUCUUACCAAGCGCAGCCCUGCUCGGGCCCUGCGAUAGUUGAGCCUUAGCUGAGUAAUCUCCCUCAGUAUCACUGAUUAGAUCAAAACCCCCAGAGCCAGUAGCAGGAACAGAAAGAACAUCCCGUGCAAGGCUCGCAAAUCAUGCCAGAUCGUUCGACUUAUUAACACCCAUAUUUAGACCAGCAUCUGCGCCACCACUUAGUAGCGGUGUUAAUAGGCCGAGGGAUCUAGCAAGUCAUGCCAGAUCAUUCGACUUAUUAACACCUAUAUUUAGACCAACAUCCCUGUCACCAACACCCAUUGAACGAUCCACCCCCUCAUGGAGCCGAACCGCGAUCCUGCGUUGCUACCCGUAGAGGCAUUGGGCCUUGGCUGAUAAUGUAUACGAUAGUAGAUAAAUUACCAUUCACAUACCGACUAUUCUGUCACAUGGCUCCGCUCAUGACACCUGCUUUUGAACCAAGCAAAUGGAAAGCAGUUCAACCAGACCAACCCCGGCAAAACGAGCCUCAUGCGAUCGCUGUCAUCUUCAGAAAAUCAGAUGCCCUCGACCGGAUUCGGAUGAUUUGAGCAGCUGUGCCCGAUGCCGAUAUCUGGGGAUACAAUGUGUCUAUAGCGCGCCAUUACCAAGGGGACGGCCAAGCGGAAGCAGGAAGUCGACCAGCAAGAGCUAUAGAACGCCGAAGGAGGUACCUCUUCUGCCCCGGCCCUCGCAAACUACCCCGGAACCAAUAGACAACCAGGAAACGAUAUCUGACGAGCUCCGAUCAGUACUGGUGUCUCAAGAUUGUGGCUAUCCAGCAGGGACCUGGUUUGAGUCGGAUCCAUGGUCCUUGUUAGGGACUGCAGCUGACAGGGGAUCAUUCAUUGAUCUUACCAUGGAAACAACAUCAACAUACACCUCAAGCGCCUCAUCUGCUGAGCUAUCCCACGAUGACAUUUUCACAGAUUCAAUGCAGCAGCUGGCAGCGCUAAGUUGCAGCCUCUAUACGCUUCACACCACGUGUCGCAACGAGAUCGCCAGCCUGGAGCUCCAGCCCCAGCUCGUCUCUCAUACAAACGCCUUCAAUUCCUUGGCGACUUUACUGAGAGUCCUACCGAGCCUUGACGAAUACGAGAUAUACACGGAAGCCUGUCUCGCAUCAAAGAGCUUGCUCCUGGUCAUGUAUCGGCUUCGGCUCUUCGACUCCCCGAAUGAUGAGGUUUUACCGGCUGCCCUGCAGCAUCUUCUCUCUGCGUGUUAUGUCCAACUCCUCCACGUGCAUACGAUUCUGGUCAGGCUUAUGUCAUAUGAGACGUCGAACUCACCGGAUUUUCAUCAAGGCAACCCCUUCUCCUUCGCCCGACUUCGCCUGGUGGUCAUCUACAACCUUGUCAAGCAUCUGCUAGAAGACGUGCGGCGUGGCUAUGGUGCAUAUAGUCUGACAGUGGCACGGUCGGGCUCUCAGCCAACUACCUAUACAGGAUCCCACGAAAUCAGUCAGGCUGAACACAAGCUAUGGAACGACCUCCAGGGGUUGCAAAUCUGUCUUUCUCCAAGAUUACAGACGCCUUCGGCUCAUGAAUCUGCCGAGUAGCUGAUAAUGACUUUCUGUUGAACUUUAUGGCGAACUAACGUAUUCGGUGAGCGAGCCGCCACUUUCUCUCCGACAGCGCACCCUACAUUGAUUUGAGACCAUUAUUUCUCACCAACAACAAUAAAUACAUUCAAUAAAUUAAGUACUGGUACGAUAAGGGCAUUGAGGCCUUCUAUGCCCGAGAGUAUUACAUUCACUGCAUCCAAAUUAGCGCCGCACAAGCGUUAGGGAGACUAGAAGCUCAGGCUCGGCCAGAGCAGCAGUAAAUAAGCUUCCUAUAUUAUGAUUUUAAAAC